AUGAGUGGCUAUCCAUACGGAAAUCAAGGUAGCGGCUAUCCAUCACCUUAUGGUGCAGGCAACAGUGGAUAUCCAAAUUAUCCACCCAAUAAUAAUUAUCAAUCGGCUCCACCAUCAAUACCAAUGUAUGGUAAUAAUCAAUCAUGUACUCCCCCAUACGGCGCACCUACUCCUCAUGUACCUGGUGCUUAUGAUUAUUCGACACCAUCUUAUGGUAUUAAUCAGAUGCCAGGUGGUUCUUUCGGUUACGGUGGUGGAAAUAACUAUCAACCACCAGUACAACAACAACAAUAUGGAGGAUAUGGAAAUUCACAAUAUCAAGCACCCUAUCCAUCAGAUCAGCCAUCAUCAUCAUCAGGUGGAAUGUAUCCAAAUAUAUCGAUGCCAACGCCUUCAUUGAAUUAUAGCGAAAGUGCAGGAGCUUUUUCAUAUCAGCCUUCUGCUCCUCCUCCUCAUCAGCUCCAAGCAACUUAUUCACAAGCACCACAACAGCUACCCCCGUCUGUUUUGCUCGCUAGCUUGGAGCAAUAUCAGGGCACAGUGUUUCCAGCGCCCACUUUCAAUGUUGAGGCUGAUUGCCAAGCAUUAGCUGGAGCAAUGCGAGGUGCAGGCACUAAUGAACGUGCCCUGAUCGAUAUUAUUGCUAAUCGGUCAAACGCACAACGUCAACAAAUCAAAACGCAGUACAAAUCAAUGUACGGUGUGGACCUAAUCAAACAAUUGGGUGGAGAAUUGAGCGGGCAUUUUAAAGAAACGAUCACAGCUCUUUUUGAUUCACCAGCAAAUUUCGAUGCUUGGUCGCUACAUGAAGCGUUUAGAAGAUGCAAGGAAGGCACAUUACGUGAAAUCUUACUGACAAGAACCAAUAGUGAAAUACGAGAAAUUGUCGAAGCAUAUAGACAAUUGUACAGGAAGGAAUUAGAAAAGGACCUCGGUAGUCAUGUCCGUGGGACGGAUUUUAAACGAAUUCUGAUUUCAGCUGUUCAGGCAAAUCGAGAUGAACUCACUCCACAACAAAUUCAGCAGGCGCGUCAAUCGGGAAUCGAAAGCGUUAUUGAUCGUAAUCGUGCUCGGCAAGAUGCGGAUGAUUUGUACAAGGCUGGUGCUGCUAAAUGGGGAACAGAUGAACGAACAUUCAAUGCUAUAUUUUCCCAACGUUCAUAUUAUCAACUCCGCGCCGUUUUCGAAGAAUACCAAAAAAAAUACCGACAAGACAUGGCUCAAGUGAUUCGCUCGGAGUUUUCUGGCAAUGCCAAAGAUGCGUAUCUCGUUCUUAUCGCCUGUAUCCGAGAUCGACCAACGUUUUUCGCCGAACGCCUUCAUCAAGCUAUCGAAGGUUUAGGAACGAGAGAUUCGACACUUAUUCGUGUGAUAGUCACACGAUCAGAAAUCGAUUUGGCACAAGUCAAACAAAGAUAUCAACAAAUGUAUAAUCGCUCCCUAGCUCAAGACGUAAGCGGAGAUACAUCCGGUGAUUAUAAACGUAUGCUUCUAUCGAUUGUUAAAUAA